AGGCCGACAGCCAAGAUGGUGCUCAAAACUCUCAAGAGACUCAGUCCGUAUAGGGCGGCGACAGUUCUGGACAAUAUGGUCAUGAUGAUGGAGCGCUACUCGAAUCGACUGGAAGAGAUCGUGGCGGAGAGAACAGCAGAGCUGGAGGAAGAGAAACACAGAACAGAUCAACUUCUCUACAAAAUGUUACCACAGACAGUGGCCGAUGUGUUGAAAUCGGGGAAUCACGUGAAGGCGGAAUAUUAUGAAUCCGUGACUGUCUUCUUUUCCGACAUCGUAGGAUUCACGGACCUCGCAGCAGAAAGUUCACCUUUGGAGAUCGUUGAAUUUCUGAAUUCACUAUAUUCUAAUUUUGAUGACAUUAUCCAGCGAUUUGACGUCUACAAGGUGGAAACAAUAGGGGACGCCUACAUGGUGGCGAGUGGACUUCCGGUUCGUAAUGGCGACAAGCACGUGACUGAAAUGGCCGACAUGGCGCUGUCCCUGGUGCACUGCGUGCUAGAGUUUGAAAUUCCACACCGACCGGAGAGACAACUUCAGAUCAGAGCAGGUCUGCACACCGGCUCUGUUGUAGCUGGUGUCGUUGGCCUGACAAUGCCGCGAUACUGUCUGUUUGGUGACACAGUGAACACGGCAUCCAGGAUGGAAUCGAACGGAAAACCUCAACGUAUUCACAUCAGCCCAGAAACUGAGAGGGUGUUGCGGCAGAAUUCAAAAUACCAAAUUAAACAAAGGGGCCAGGUUCUUAUUAAGGGAAAAGGCACAAUGGAAACGUACUGGCUUGUUGGGAAAGAAGGUCUGUUUGACAUAUCAACGACAACUGCAGACGACGGAAUCUGUAUAGUGCACAACAGUGAAGCGAAACAAUCUAAAUGUAGAGGUCCGUUCGAGGCUCCAGAUGAAGAGACAGCUAGUAUUGUGCCUCUCAAAUGUGACUCUCGAAACUCGGACCGUAUCGACUGA